AUGGCGCUCGCUUUCGACGAAUUUGGCCGUCCCUUCAUCAUCCUGCGGGAUCAGGGGGAGCAGGAGAGGAUCACCGGUCUUGCGGCCCUCAAGUCACACGUCGUGGCCGCCAAGGCAGUGGCCAAUGCCAUGAAGACAUCCCUCGGUCCUAAGGGCAUGGACAAGAUGCUUGUCAGCCCCGAUGGUGAUGUAACGGUGACCAAUGAUGGUGCCACGAUUCUGGACAACAUGGACGUGGAGAACCAAGUCGCGAAGCUGCUCGUCCAGCUCUCGAAGUCGCAGGACGAAGAGAUUGGCGACGGCACUACCGGCGUCGUGGUGUUGGCUGGUGCUCUGCUCGAGCACGCUGAGUCUCUGCUCGAUCGCGGCAUUCACCCCAUCCGUAUCGCCGAUGGUUACGAGAUGGCUGCCAGCAUCGCUGUCGAUCACUUGAAGGCCAUUUCCGACGUGAUCGAGUGGGGUCCUGACAACAUUGAGCCUCUCAUCAACACCGCCAUGACCUGCCUUGGCUCCAAGAUGCAGAUGGCUGAGAUUGCCGUCAAGGCCAUCCUCGCUGUUGCCGAUCUCGAGAGGAAGGACGUCAAUCUCGACCUCAUCAAGAUUGAGACCAAGGUGGGCGGCAGGCUCGAAGACACGCAGCUCAUCAACGGUAUCGUCCUCGACAAGGAGUUCGCACACCCUCAGACGCCCAAGGAGCUGAAGGACGUCAAGAUGGCCAUCCUCACCUGCCCGUUCGAACCCCCGAAGCCCAAGACCAAGCACAAGGUUGACGUCAAGUCCGUGGAGGACUACAACAAGCUCGCCGAGCAGGAGCAGGCGUACUUCCGCGACAUGGUCAAGAAGAUCAAGGACUCUGGCGCUACCCUCGCCAUCUGCCAGUGGGGCUUCGACGACGAGGCCAACCACCUUCUCCUCCAAAACGAACUCCCCGCUGUCCGUUGGGUCGGUGGUGUCGAGCUCGAGUUGAUCGCCAUCGCCACCGGUGGCCGCAUCAUUCCCCGGUUCUCGGAGAUCACACCGGAGAAGCUCGGUAAGGCGGGCGUGGUGCGUGAGAUUAGCUUCGGCACGACCAAGGACAGGAUGCUUGUCAUCGAGGAGUGCUCCAACUCGCGCGCUGUUACCAUUUUUAUUCGUGGCAGCAACAAGAUGAUUUUGGAGGAGGCCAAGAGGAGUCUUCACGACGCCCUGUGCGUCACGCGAAACCUCAUCCGGGACAACAGAGUGGUGUACGGUGGUGGCUCGCCAGAGAUCGCUUGCUCGCUCGCCGUGUCGGAGGCCGCCGACAAGGUGGCGUCCCUCGAACAGUACGCCAUGAGGGCCUUUGCCGACGCCCUCGAGGCCACGCCCCUCGCCCUCGCCGAGAACAGCGGCUACCAGGCUCAGGAGACCCUCGCCACUGUCAAGGCCAAGCAGGUCACCGAGAAGAACCACCGCCUCGGCAUCGACGCCGCCAACAAGGGCACUUGGGACAUGAAGGAGCAGAACGUGCACGACCCGCUGAUCUCGAAGCAGCAGCAGUUCCUCUUGGCCACGCAGGUCGUGAAGAUGAUCCUCAAGAUCGACGACGUCAUCAAGAAGGGCGGCCAGGAGUGA